UUUUAUUUUUUGAAAGUUUUACACUUCUCUUGAUCCCUUCGAUGGUUCGAAUCUUUUAAUACAGCUUGUUUUAUACAACUGGGUUUUGAGACACUAUAGAGCUGGGAUGCAAGCCAGAAUGCUCAAACCAUGCUCUAGAGUUAUAGAUAGGAGUUUUAGAGGAAGAAGGAUAGCAGAAGCUGCUAGAGUGUGAGAGGAUAAGAGUGUCUGUCAUAUCUGAAUCAGCUGGGUUUUUGUUGAUCCAAUUUUUUAUAAGUUUAGGAUGAAUUUGUCUAACUUGAUGGCGGAAUUAGCGAGUGAGGUUGGGUUAUUUUGGUUGUGCUUUUAGGGUGAUUAGACUAGAGAAAUUCAUAUAUCUUGCUCAUCAGGAUAAUCUAAUAAUCGAGUUAUGUUGUAAUGAAAUAGAAAUAUUUGAUCGUUUUGGUAACAUUUCUUGGCAAAGAAUAUAUCACUCAUUCACAUGAUUUAGCUCUAGAAAGCUUUCUUCCUAAAGGCUAAAGAGCUUUGAAUACAAAUAUUGCUUCAGACUCCUUGGAAUUAGCGUGUUGACUCAUAAGUUAUGCCGAAGUGAAUAUCAGAAUGAUCAAAGAAGCCUUUAUUUUCUAUUACCUAAAUUUAUCUAAAUAUUCAUUUGUUCGAGUCUUCUAUCUUAUAGUAUGCAUAAGAGAACUACCAAUCCUAAGUUUCAUGUCUUUCGUGCAUAAAAAGCACCUUUGC